UGACGUGACAUUGAGCGUUUCGGGAGGUUCGCUUCAGCUGAUUCCGUUACAUUUAGAAAGAUGGCCAGUAGUCCUGCUUAGGGGCUGAAGUUCUUUCUCUUAUCUAAAGACAAAUUACGUUGUAAGCAAACGCGGAGAGACAAAGGCUUUGAAAAGAAACGGAAGAAGUAUGCCUAGAUUGCCAUAACUCUUUAAAAUGGCCAUACGGGAAUUAAAAGUGUGUCUUCUGGGAGAUACAGGAGUUGGCAAGUCUAGUAUUGUGUGUCGUUUUGUACAAGACCAUUUCGACCACAACGUCAGUCCAACGAUCGGGGCAUCGUUUUUAACCAAGACGGUCCCGUGUGGACACGAACUACACAAGUUCCUCAUCUGGGACACAGCGGGACAGGAAAGGUUCCACUCGCUGGCUCCCAUGUACUACCGAGGCUCUGCGGCCGCUGUCAUAGUCUAUGACAUCACCAAACUGGACUCUUUCCAGACACUGAAGAAAUGGGUGAAGGAGUUGAAGGAGCACGGUCCUGAGGACAUCAUUGUAGCCUUGGCAGGGAACAAGAAAGAUUUGGGGGACAUCAGGGAAGUUCCUAUGAAGGAAGCUAAGGACUUUGCUGAGUCUAUUGCAGCAAUCUUCAUGGAGACCAGCGCCAGAAACGCUGUCAAUGUGGAGGAGCUCUUUCAGAAGAUCAGUAAACAGAUUCCGCCUCUGGAGAAUCCAGACGUUGACAGCAACGAGUCCUUCAAGAUAACUCGGCAUCCACCUAACAAACCCUGCUGCUAGUAAGACUACUGCUGAGUCCCAAAUAGACCCCUCGCAACCCUACCCUCGCCUAGACCAUAGCACCCUACCCCCCCCCCCUAACACAGAGUCACUGCUCUCGAUUGGACAGGUGAUUGAUCCACCUAUCUAGCUUAUCUGACGUCAACUUGGAGAUAUCACCAUGUUUCCUCUUGGAUCUACAUGAAGGUUUAGGGAGUAAGGAGUCGGUUCAGAAUUCAGCAUCAGAUUUGCCAGUGAGAUUAUCACUGUCUUUGGUUCCACACACACACAGCUGCAUGGAUCACAGGGCCCACAAUGCAACAUUGUAACACACAGCUGCAUGGAUCACAGGGCCCACAAUGCAACAUUGUAACACACAGCUGCAUGGAUCACAGGGCCCACAAUGCAACAUUGUAACACACAGCUGCAUGGAUCACAGGGCCCACAAUGCAUCAUUGUAAUACACAGCUGCAUGGAUCACAUGGCCCACAAUGCAACAUUGUAACACACAGCUGCAUGGAUCACAUGGCCCACAAUGGAACAUUGUAAUACACAGCUGCAUGGAUCACAUGGCCCACAAUGCAACAUUGUAAUACACAGCUGCAUGGAUCACAGGGCCCACAAUGCAACAUUGUAACACACAGCUGCAUGGAUCACAGGGCCCACAAUGCAACAUUGUAAUACACAGCUGCAUGGAUCACAUGGCCCACAAUGCAACAUUUUAAUACACUGCUGCGUGGAUUCAACUACUCAUUGUCCACCUCCACACAGUCCACCAUGCAUAUACAGUGCAUUGGUCUCAGGGGAGAGGAGGACGACAACAUGGCUUUGGCUUGUGAUAGAUCAGACCCUCUCACCUGUAGCAUAGUAACCAGCAUUCCAGGACCAGAAACCACCCCUAUAACCCAUAGAAAGAUACACUAACCCAUAGAAAGAUACAGUAACCCAUAGAAGGAUACAGUAACCCAUAGAAAGAUACAGUAACCCAUAUAAGGAUACAGUAACCCAUAGAAGGAUACAGUAACCCAUAGAAGGAUACAGUAACCCAUAGAAGGAUACAGUAACCCAUAGAAGGAUACAGUAACCCAUAGAAAGAUACAGUAACCCAUAUAAGGAUACAGUAACCCAUAUAAGGAUACAGUAACCAUAUAAGGAUACAGUAACCCAUAGAAAGAUGCAGUAACCCAUAGAAAGAUGCAGUAACCCAUAGAAAGAUGCAGUAACCCAUAUAAGGAUACAGUAGGUGGACAUUUUGCCAUAUUGCUUAUACCUAUCCAAUCCUCCUCUCAGAUUGACUCCAGUGCCUUGGUAAGGUGUGUUGUAAGUGUCGUUUCUGGACUGGGCCUGUGUGUGCUGACUCAGGACGGGAACCAGUUUGUCGCCCUCUAGUGUUUUUGGUUAGAGAUUAACAUCAGAAAAUGGAUCCUGAAGUUAAACACAAUUUAAAGGAGAACUGCACUUCCUGAUUUGGCCACGUUUUUCAUCCAUUCUCAUUAAGAAAUGCUAGCGGCCAUGACUGAAGGUAAAACAAACAAAGUUGGAAGCACAGAAUCGUCUAGAAUGUCAUUGUUAUGCUGUAGUGUUAAGAUUUCCCUUCACUGGAACGAAGGGGCCCGAACCAUGAAAACAGCCCCAGACCAUUAUUCCUCCUCCGCCAAACUUUAAAGUUGACACUAUGCAUUCGGGCAGGUAGCGUUCUCCUGGCAUCCGCCAAACCCAGAUUUGUUCAUCGGACCGGCAGAUGGUGAAGCGUGAUACAUCACUCCAGAGAACGUGUUUCCACUGCUCCAGAGUCCAAUGGCGUCGAGCUUUACACCACUCCAGCCGACGCUUGGCAUUGCGCAUGGCGAUCAUAGGUUUCUGUGCGUCUGCAAAAAAAGGGGGCAUGAAUUGUUGACGUGAUUGUAAUCCAAACCCUCACGUAAAGUCAUGACUCAGUCAUUUACCAAACUCUUGUUUUGGACGAGACUGACCUUAUGACCAACAAUUAUUCUAUUUUAAACAUUGUAGUCAAUUUUGACAUUUUUUUAUUUGUAGAAAUAUGAGAUUCUGACUCAUAGUGAUGUCACAAAAGGCUGUUUUAAAAAUGGAGGGAUUAGUUCUAAGGGGCAGUUGACCUUUUAAAAAAAACAAUAGACACAGAGACUUUUAUACAUGGUAGGUGUACUGCAUACUGGGAUAUGUUUUUAAUUCAUAUUCAGCAGCACAAUAUAUAUUUUUUAAACAUUUUAAUCUUGAAAAUCGAAACAUGUUAGUAGAUCUCAUCUCUAACGCGCUGAACAUGAACAUUUGGAUAAAUUGCACAAAUAUUGAAUAAUCUAGUUGAGUUUAAUAACGUUUCAUAAAAUGACUAAAAUAGGAUGCAGACUAGAGAUUACGUUCUGAAUUCUUAUGCGGUAUAGAGAUUACAAUCCAAAUUCUCAUUAACCGAAUAUGCAGUCAACCCGUUGAGCAGAUCCAGUGAUUGCAUUGUUGCCUUGUGGCUCCGGGAAUCGCGUAGAUCGAUACAUAGAAUCUCUUUGUAGCUGCCGACAUUGAUAUCGAUUGCAUGAAUUUGGUUUCGCCAACUUUUUCCCAUCGAAUGCUGGUAUAGAAUAUGUAUUUUGAGAAUGUAUAAGGGGUUCAAAAUGUAUUUGAAGGACGAAGUAGCAUGAAUUCGAAUACCUGAGUUGCCAUGUCUUGUUUUUUUUGUUGUUGCUAUGUUGUAAUUAUCAUCCAUAUGUUGUCAUUAUUAUGUAUUAUUGACCAACUACUGAAAAGGGGCCACUAUCACAAUAAAUACAACUAUUGACAACUAUAAUUUUAUUUACUGAUUGAUCGGUGGACUAACUACUGUAUCUGUGAGGUAAUAUAGCCUCUUCGAUUCAACCACUCGGGGGGGGAUUUUAAAAUCCUCUUUUUUAUCGGGAUUUUAAAGUGGCACUUUUAUGUAGCUAGUUCCUGCACUUCAUAUUCAUAUUCAAGCUGCUUUAUUGGCAUGAAAAACAUUGUGUCAAUAUUGCCAAAGCAACAAUGUAUACAAUAUACAUUGUAACAAAAUUAUAAAUGAUUGCAAAUAAUAAUAUAAAAUGGUAGUAAAUAAUAAUAAAUACAAAAAUAAUAACAAUAAAAUGGUAACAGUCAAUAGUAGAAAUGUAAUAAAUAUAAUUAUGGAAAAUGAAACUAUAACUAACUUAUAACUAAAUAACUGUCAUCUUCUUCUUUAUAUCAGUACUACAACUACAAUCAUCAUUACUACGACUACUACUACCAUCACUAAACUGUUAUCACUACCAUUACCACCCAUAUUUGGAAUGAUAAACAUUAAUAAUUAUAGUAAUAACAAUAAUAGUAAUAAUAAGUAAGUUACUGUUUACUAUGCAGAUGUUAUUAUUCAGUGUCCCUCAGGCUAUGGCAGGAAAAAACGUAUUUGGCUGCAAGAGGAGCCAUUGCUCCUUCGCCCAUGAGUAUUCUUAGUUUUUCCUCUGGGUUCAAUUUGUAAAAAUUUGGAAUAUAUGUAGUCAUUUCUGUGAAUAAUGAAUCUCUUUGUGAGGAAUAUUUAUCACAGUAAAGGAGAAAGUGCAUCUCUGUCUCUACCUCCCCUGUCAUGCAGUGACCACAUACACGCUCCUCUUUGGGUAGCCAUGUCUUUUUAUGUCUGCCGGUUUCUAUUGCCAAUCGGUGGUCACUCAGCCUGUACUUGGUAAGGAUCUGUCUCUGCUUCGUAUCUCUGACAGAGUAGAGAUAAUCAGCCAAUUCAUAUUCUCUGUUUAGGAUCAGAUAGCAAUUUAGUCGGCUUUGGGAUUUUGUUUCGUUUUUCCAGUAUUGUAAAUAUGAUUCUUUCUCAUGAAAAACAAUGAUACAGUAUUAAUGACGACAUUUGAUGACUACAUUCCCUAACAACGCCACACCAAUGGUAAUAGCUGAAUUGCCUGUAAAGUAGACCUAGUUAAAAGGAUGUGUCGAACUGUACAACAGAUGUACCUUUUGAAAGUAUGAAGCUGAGUUAACAGCAACAGUCAUUGCGGAUCUAAGCAGUGCCAUAUGUUUUGGAUUUUUAUUUUUUAUUUUUUUAAUAAAUGUACUUUGUGGGAAGAUACUAUAGAUGAGACAAAAAAAAACACAAAUUUCCAUAUUUUGUUUCUAUUUGUAUUUUGUACCAUGUUGGACUUUUGUCUGUGUACCGUGAUACACACACAGAGGUGUUAGCUCACAAUACUGAGACGUAGUAUUCUGUACAAACUUGACAAAUAUCAAGUGUCCAGCAUCAAUAAACUAGACUUGGACACUUCCCUGUGUCUGCCUGUAACCAUUUAUACGUACAGGCCAUUCUGCAAUGCAAACAAGUGCCUUUUGUUUUCCCUCUGUAGACCAAAUCUAAUAUGACAUUUAUUAUUCAUAUUAUUAAUAGUUUAAAUUGUUAAUUUUUUUGUGUGUGUACUUGACUCAGAGUUAUUCCCUUUUCUAUAACACAAUAACAUUUUAUAUAUUAUUAAUCUGUCUGAUAAUAAAGUAUUACUUGUUUUUUU